AUGGGAAAAUUACUUCCAGUAAAUGUAGCUGGUCAUUUAAAAAAAUCAAUUCAUUUUCCCAAUGGUAUUUUGGUCUUAAAUAAACCAAUAAAUAUCACCUCAAAUGGUUUUUUAUCAAUUUUAAAAAGCCUUUCGGUCGAAAAAAAACUCAAAUUAGGGCAUGCCGGGACACUGGAUUCAGAAGCGAAAGGAGUACUAAUAGUUGGUGUUGGAAAAGGAACAAAACAAUUAGCCUUACUCACUAAUUUAAUCAAAACUUAUAAAACCACCAUCAUUUUUGGUAAUAAAACAACAACUUCGAAUGAAGCCGGUGAUAUAACAACCACAUUUAAACCAUAUAGCCACAUCAAUAGAGAAAUGAUAGAUAUAACCAUUAAUAAACACUUUAUGGGUGAAAUUUCACAAAAAGCACCAGUAUACAGCGCCAUAAAAAAAGACGGGGUAAGAUUAUCGGAUUUAACAAGAAGAGGAUUUACAGUUGAACCACCAACUAGAAUUGUCAAAAUAUAUCAUGCAAAAUGUACAUUUUUAAAACUUCCAAUUGCCGAAUUUGAAGUUAGAGUAUCAAGUGGAUUUUAUGUUAGAUCUUUUGCAGAAGAAUUUGCGGAAAAAUUAGGCACACACGCCUAUUGUAUAGAAAUCGAUCGUAUUGAAAAUGGACCUUAUAAACUGUCAGAUGCAAUCUCCUUUGACGAAAUCACAAAUGAAAAUGUAAAUAGAAAUGUAGAACAUUGUACAAAUAUUUUAAACAAUACUGAAGUAUUAGAGAAAACAAUUGGUGAAAAAAGUAAAACCAUUUCUCCAACAAUAAUAGCAACAAAAAACAACUAA